AUGAACAACAACGUGUACAACCAAGAAGCUGUUAAUGAAUCUGCUGAUGUUGCUUCCCAGUCCAUAAAUUUGGUCGAUUCUGCCGCUAGGGAUAAUACAGCUCAUGACAAUGGCAGCCCAGAUGAUCAUGUUGAGAGCAGUGAACAAAGUGGCAGGGCCAACGGAGCUUCAGCUAGUAGUGGAAAAAAAGGAAAGAUGAAACAAGCAAUCGAACUUCUAGGGAGGAUGAUCGAUUUGGCAGAGGCCAAGAAGCAGGUGCUGUUCUCGCUGCCCUUGAUUCUCACCAACGCCGCCUUCUACUUCAUCCCCCUCGUCUCUGUCAUGUUCGCUGGCCACAUCGGUGAACACGAACUCACUGCCGCUAAUCUCGCCAAUUCCUGGGCUGCCGUCACCGGUUUGUCUCUCAUGGUUGGUUUGAGUGGUGCCCUUGAAACAUUAUGUGGCCAAGCAUUUGGAGCAAAAAAGCACAGGAUAAUGGGAGUGUAUCUCCAGACUUCUUGCAUUAUAUCUAUUAUAUGCAGUCUCCUUGUGUCGGUUCUGUGGUGCUAUUCCGACACUAUCCUCAUUUCACUACAUCAAAAACCUCAGAUAGCAGACUCAGCCGGUGUGUAUCUCAAGUAUUUGGUACCGGGGUUAUUUGCUUAUGGAUUGUUGCAAAAUAUGCUUAGGUUUCUUCAGGCACAGUCGGUUGUUAUGCCACUCGUUGUCUGCUCGUUGGUUCCUCUUGCCCUCCACACUGGUGUUGCCUAUGCCUUGGUUAAUUGGUCGGCCCUCGGAUACAGUGGAGCUGCCUUGGCAGCUUCCGUGUCUUUGUGGGUCUCGGUCUUGAUGCUAGCAUCGUACUUGCUUAGGGCGAAGAAAUUCAAAAACACAUGGAAUGGAUUUACUUGGGAGUCUUUAAGGCAUAUAUGGCCAACCUUGAAGCUUGCUGUGCCUUCUGCAGGAAUGGUGUGUCUGGAGUAUUGGGCUUUCGAGAUUCUCGUUUUAUUGGCUGGAUUGAUGCCAAACUCGGAGGUCUCUACUUCCCUCAUCGCGAUGUGUGUGAACACAGAAUCAAUUGCGUACAUGAUUGCGUAUGGCCUGAGUGCAGCGGCUAGCACGAGGGUGUCUAACGAGUUGGGUGCUGGACGGCCUGAUCGAGCCAGGCAAGCCAUGCACGUGACCCUUAAGCUCAGUGUUAUCCCUGCACUAGCUGUAGUUUUGGCGCUGUCGGUGGGUCAUAAUCUCUGGGCCAGUGCCUUCAGCAGCAGCGCAGUGAUAAUCGAUGCAUUCGCCUCAAUGACGCCCUUCCUCGUCGUGUCCAUAUUGUGUGAUUUUGUGCAGGGAGCAUUAUCAGGGGUAGCAAGGGGAUGUGGUUGGCAGCAUUUGGUUGUGUAUAUCAACUUGGGAGGAUUCUACUGCAUUGGUAUGCUUGUUGCUGCUUUGCUUGCAUUCAAGACUACACUCCAUGCCAAGGGAUUAUGGAUUGGGUUGAUAUGUGGUGUGAGUGCCCAAACAAUUGGCCUUAUUCUGCUGUCCAAGUUUACAAAGUGGAAGAAGAUAGAGAUGGAUCAAGAUACAUCUCUCAACACCAAUGCAUGA